AUGACCAUCCGCACGCAAACUAUGGUACCUCGGCCAAAAAUCAUCACUCCAUCCAUGAGCAGAGCUGUCAAGAGUCCCACUUGCAUUAUUGACUGGCAGCACAUUACAAUCACUCCGUUGCUUCUCGCUGCUGUCCAAGACCAUUCGAGAAUCCUGACCCCGACUGGAUUGGCUCCGCCGAAGUACCCAGAAAACUAUGACAAAAUGAUUCCCAAGGAUAAGGCUCAAAUUGACGAGCUUAUCCCCUGUCAAUGUAUUUUCUAUCUAUAUCGCGUCUUUAAUGGAGGCCUCAAUAAAGCACAUCUUGAGGCUUUACAAGAUCCCCGAUCCUGUCUCGUCAGCAUCUCGUCGAUUUUACUGGACGCCAAUGGAAGUCUGAUACGCAUUCAUGAUACCUGGAACCAUGUCCGAGGAGAUUAUCUCAGCCAGGAAUGCCCUCUAUCAUUUUCCGAAGAGGAGCUUGCCGGGCAACCCGAGAACGAGCCGAUGUGGUAUAAAUUAAAUCAUCUUGUCAGCCACUGGCGGGAUGAACUAGGUGGUAUAUCAGAAGAAGGAUGGGUCAGUACCGAGAAAUUUGAUCAUGCCGUCAAACGAAAUAAUUCACACAAAGCAGAGUUCUCCGAGGGAGGCAGUGCAGACGAACUGGGGAACAUUAGGCGGGGCUGGCCCUUCCAGGAUCACGAGGAAUUCUUUAAGUGA